AUGACCCGUGCCAUGGCUGCCCAGCACGGCCCAGAAAAUAUUCAGGUUAACUGUGUUUGCCCCGGAAUGGUAUUCACCCCAAUGGUACGAGGCAGAGAACGCCAGGAUCGUAUCAACCAAAACCUCUUGAAGCAGGAAGGUACAGGAUGGGAUGCUGGUUAUGGUAUGAAAGUUCCCCAUCAGGUUGUUCACAAAGUACAUCUAAUAAAUGAACAGCUAUUCUCUUUCUUUGUAGCAAGGAGGCGAAGUGAAUCACUGGAUUUAAUCAUGCCUGUUGAUGGCGGCACCACCGCAGGGAAGGCAGACCGACCAGCCUCGACGGCUGAUACUCUCGCCGAGCAGAACACGAAGAUUCCCAACAAUGCUCAAGCAAUA